UGACCGCGGCUGGCCUGAAGCUGUUUCCGCCACUACGUGUGCGGGUGUUCCCCUUUUUCCAACCCUUCUCCUCCCGAUGCCAUCGCCUCACUUCCUUCCUCUGGCUACUCUUCCUCCCUCACCGCACCCCUACUUCCCAUGUCGGAGCCGGAGCAGACACCGCCCACAACCAACGCCCUGCCCGGCCCCGUGCCCCAGCUCGGCACCUUCGUCGUCCAAGUCGCCAAGGACCAGGUCUACCGCGUCCCCCCGCCGGAGAAUGCCUACCUCGUCGAGCGCUACUGCAAACGCACCAAAAACCGCCGCCGCAGCCCCGGGCUCCUCUGCCUCAUCUGGAUCCUCGCCGCCGCCUUCCUCCUCCUUGCUGCUACCUCCGCCGCCUUGCACUUCGCCUUGCGCCCCGCCUUCGCUGUCCAAAGCCUCUCCGUCCAAAACACCACUGAAACAGAGUACGAUCUGACCUUGAGCGUCUGGAACCCUAGCCGCGCGAUGGGGUACUCCUACGCAGCCGGCGGGAGCGCGGCCCUCGUCGCCGUCAGCAGCGGAGCCGAGAUCGCAGCCGGGGAGACGCCGGGGUUCGACCAGGGGUCCCGGAGCACGACGGCGAUGCCGCUGGCUCUCCGCGGGUCGGGCGCCUCGCCGCCGAAGGGAGCCGCGGCUCUGGAGUUGACGGCGAAGUUGAGGGCUCGGCCGAAGCUGGGAAAGUUGAAGCUUUGGAGCAUGAGGAUGGAGGUGACUUGCGGUGUUCUGACGAGUGCCCUAGCCGGAGAUGGUCGCAUCUUGUCGCAGCAUUGCGGCACCAAGCUCUGGCUGUGAUUGACGCGGUAAACUUGCAAGUUCAUAUUCAAAAGCAUCAACAUUUCUUCAUUAUUUCAAAUCCUGUUCUUUAGAUUGCGUUCCCUUUUUGCUCAACUUCUUCUUCUCGUGAACUGUUCGAGUUUGAAUCAUGCUUGAUGCGUGUGCUAAGAUUGUGAGAUAGUAGGAAAUCUGCUGUCAAAACAAAUAUUCCCUACAGUGAAUCAUGUAAAAGUUUUUGCCUUUUUUUCGUCUAAUCAUUGAGUUCAUGCUGACAUCUAAUUGUUUUCUAGCUACAUACUCCUCAUCUAAACAAAUUUUUAAUAACUGUUAAAUGUUAUCUUAUUUGAUUUAUGAUUAAUUAAAUCUCUAAAGUAUAUAUAACACUAACUA